UCCAAAAUCUACCAGCACGCGCAUGGCGCAAUACUGAUUGUGCCACAGAGCGAGUUUCUCAGUAUACAGGCUGUAUAGUCAAAACACAAAUUUUUAUAAUUACAAACUUAUCACUUAAGUAGAAUGAAUUAGUAAUUAAUACAACAAUUAAAUAAACUCAACAUUAUUUCAACGUAAAAUCUAUGACUAGUGUUACGACGAAACAUUUAUUACAUUAGUUGCACUACGUUUCCGGCGUCUUUUUACGAGUACAACAAAUCAUAACCUAAUCGUUCGUCGGGUUGUUUUUCUGACACAAAAUCAACAACGUGAAGUUUUUUUUAGGGGGGUUGAAGAAAUAACGUUGGACUGAAAUGGCUGACAGAUUAACUCAGCUUCAGGAUACAAUAAAUCAGCAAGCUGAUCAUUUCUGCAACAGCAUCGGCAUAUUACAACAAUAUUCCACUCCCAGUAAGUUUUCAGGAUUUGACCGAAGCGGUUCUCAAACGCCACAACAACAGCAGCAACAAGAAGAUUACGCCCAUCUUUUUGCUACAUUAAUAGCAAGAUGUGCUAAAGACAUAGAUGUUCUCAUAGACUCUCUUCCUAAUGAAGACUCUUCCACAGAACUUCAGGUUCAGAGUUUACGGCGAUUGGAACAGGAUAACCGUGAAGCAGGUGAACGUCUUGAAGAAGUGGUCCGACGGGGUGAAGCCCUCCUGGAACAGAUUCAGUCUGCAUUAGCUGACAUUGCUCAAAGUCAGCUGGACAUGCAACAUCUUCAAGCUGAUGGUAUUGGAAAGUCUAAUGUUAAUAUCCCACCAUGAAGAUUUGAUGUGAAUUAUUUUGAAUAGUUUUUCUUUUUACCCUCCGUGUGUGAUUAAACAUCAGAUGGAUGAACUGUGUACUUACAUCUAUGCCUUAUUGGACACGUGAAUCACUACGUGUGUGGUAAAUUUUUCACUGAAUAUGUAGAGCCUUAGUGCCUUAAUGUGGGAGAGUUCUUAGUUUACAUGUAGCAUAACAUGAUCUACAUACUUCGCUAAAGAACGAGAAUUAAGGUACUGUCUCUUAUUCAUUACCCUGUUGGGAAUGUUUUUCCUCUACUUGAAUUGAUGUACCAUUGGAGGAAUCCUAGAAGUACAUAUGGAAUGGACGUUUGUUCACAGCAACUUCAACAUUGUGAUAUUUUUAUAUGUUGUUUAUUGGCAUGUAGACCUAAGCUUUUGUUUGGCUGUGCUUCUGCAGUUCAAAUGUUUCCAAUGAUUGAUAUGUCAAAAUAAAACCACCUUAAAAUGAUUAGUCUUCUUUUUUAAGCUGUUCCAUCCUCAGUCGUAUCUGAACAUUUAAUGUGUUAAAAAAUGAGGAAAUGACGAAUGCUCUUGUUCAUAAUUGCUUGGCAUGAACCAUUUCUUGUAUUUAAGGUCGACAUAUAAAAAUACAUUUACCCAUGCUGAAUAAACAGAUGGACUCUUCAUUCCUAAGAGCAUAACAGAGGUGUCCAUCUAUUUAUUCACGCAAUACAUGAAUCAAACAAUCAUUUGCCGUGCUCACAAAUUUGGUACUUAUCAGUCAGCCCUGCAAGACUGGAUAUCACAACUAAUCAGGCAGUCCAAAGACUAAUUUGCAGCAACCAUUUAGUCUCACCCAUUAGAAGAGAAUAAAAUUUGUACACUAAAUCACAUUUCAUGCUUCACACUUUCACACCAUAUUGUUUUCCACUAUCAAAGCUGGCAAAAGAAUCUUCAGCAAUAAGGAUAACAAAAACAUUUGGAAUGCAAAAUCUACUUCAAUAUAAACAAUUUUGUGACUGGAGCUUUUCAAUUAGAAGCAGAAACAUAAUUUUCAUUUGCCUACAGAGAUAAAACUGUGUUUAUUUUUCUAUGGUGAAUGUCAUCAGAAAAUAUCACUUUUUUUUUUACACUUCUCAGCAAGAAACUAAUAAACUGUACCAUUGUACGAACACUAUUCACACAAGGACUGCACUUCUCCUUAAAAAAUUAACACAUUUACCUUA